AUGCACUUCAUCCUACCAGCCCUGUUGCUGCUUCUGCCCCUUACUCGACCUACAGCCACAGCUCUUGCGGUCCACUCGGUCUGCUCCUGGACCGGCCCAGGAACUAAUCCUGGGGCCUUUCAGUGGAAAUACAUCUGUUCGGGCAAAAAGGUCGACAAAGACGAGUACGGCAUCACGGCCGAGUACAUCUGCACCUGGCCAGUCGAUGGCUCCGAAAGCAAGGUCGCAGACUUUGGCUACCAGGCUGCUGGGAUCAUUGAAUUUAUCACUCCCUGCGGCGGAGAUGGAUGGACAGAGGCGUGUGGGUACCGAUACUACGGCCUGUGUCUCGGGCCCAGAAACGCCACAACUGGGGCGUACGAUGGCUGGAGGCAGCCUGCUUGUUUCUAUCUUUACGAGUACGAUGAUUGUGAGUGGCCUACCUACAUAAACCACUCGGAGAAGCCAGACAAGGUGGAUAUCUGGCGAGCUCCGUACCCAUACGUUCCACCUCCCUAG